AUGCCGAGGAGCCGGGGCCGCCGCGCUGCUCCGGGGCCGCCGCAGCCGGGCCGGGCCCCGCGCUGGAGCCGCUGGCGGGCCCCCGGGCGGCUGCUGCUGCUGCUGCCCGCGCUCUGCUGCCUCCCGGGCGCCGCGCAGGCGGCGGCGGCGGCGGCGGCGGCGGGGGCCGGGGACCGAGCGGCGGGGGCGGCGGCGCGGGCGACCGAGGCGGAGGCGCCUUUCGCCGGGCAGAACUGGUUAAAGUCAUAUGGCUAUCUGCUUCCCUAUGAUUCCCGGGCAUCUGCGUUGCACUCAGGGAAGGCCUUACAGUCAGCAGUCUCCACUAUGCAGCAGUUUUACGGGAUCCCAGUCACCGGUGUGUUGGAUCAGACAACAAUCGAGUGGAUGAAGAAACCCCGAUGUGGUGUUCCUGAUCACCCCCACUUGAGCCACAGGCGGAGAAACAAGCGCUAUGCCCUGACUGGCCAGAAGUGGAGGCAAAAACACAUCACCUACAGCAUUCACAACUACACCCCAAAGGUGGGUGAGCUGGACACGAGGAAAGCUAUUCGCCAGGCGUUCGACGUGUGGCAGAAGGUGACCCCGCUGACCUUUGAAGAGGUGCCAUAUCAUGAGAUCAAAAGUGACCGGAAGGAGGCAGACAUCAUGAUCUUCUUUGCUUCUGGCUUCCAUGGCGACAGCUCCCCAUUCGAUGGGGAAGGGGGAUUCCUGGCCCACGCCUACUUCCCUGGCCCAGGGAUUGGGGGAGAUACGCACUUUGAUUCGGACGAGCCAUGGACAUUAGGAAAUGCCAACCAUGAUGGGAAUGACCUCUUCCUGGUGGCAGUGCAUGAGCUGGGCCAUGCACUGGGACUGGAGCACUCCAAUGACCCCAGUGCCAUCAUGGCGCCCUUCUACCAGUACAUGGAGACGCACAACUUCAAGCUGCCCCAGGAUGAUCUCCAGGGCAUCCAGAAGAUCUACGGACCCCCAGCCGAGCCCCUGGAGCCCACAAGGCCUCUCCCCACGCUCCCCGUCCGCAGGAUCCACUCACCGUCUGAGAGGAAGCACGAGCGGCAGCCCAGGCCCCCGCGGCCACCCCUUGGGGACCGGCCAUCCACACCAGGCACCAAACCUAACAUCUGUGACGGCAACUUCAACACGGUGGCCCUCUUCCGGGGCGAGAUGUUUGUGUUUAAGGAUCGCUGGUUCUGGCGCCUGCGCAAUAACCGGGUGCAGGAAGGCUACCCCAUGCAGAUUGAGCAGUUCUGGAAGGGCCUGCCUGCCCGCAUAGACGCAGCCUAUGAAAGGGCUGAUGGAAGAUUUGUCUUCUUCAAAGGUGACAAAUACUGGGUGUUCAAGGAGGUGACGGUGGAGCCCGGCUACCCGCACAGCCUAGGGGAGCUGGGCAGCUGUCUGCCCCGGGAAGGCAUUGACACAGCUCUGCGCUGGGAACCCGUGGGCAAGACCUACUUUUUCAAAGGCGAGCGGUACUGGCGCUACAGCGAGGAGCGGCAAGCCACGGACCCUGGCUACCCCAAGCCCAUCACCGUGUGGAAGGGCAUCCCACAGGCACCCCAGGGAGCCUUCAUCAGCAAGGAAGGAUAUUACACCUACUUCUACAAGGGCCGGGACUACUGGAAGUUUGACAACCAGAAACUGAGUGUGGAGCCAGGUUAUCCGCGCAACAUCCUGCGCGACUGGAUGGGUUGCAACCAGAAGGAGGUAGAGCGGCGCAAGGAGCGGCGGCUGCCCCAGGACGACGUGGACAUCAUGGUGACCAUCAACGAUGUGCCUGGCUCUGUGAACGCCGUGGCUGUGGUCAUCCCCUGCAUCCUGUCCCUCUGCAUCCUGGUGCUGGUCUACACCAUCUUCCAGUUCAAGAACAAGGCAGGCCCUCAGCCUGUCACCUACUAUAAGCGGCCAGUCCAGGAGUGGGUGUGAGCAGCCCAGGGCACUCUCUGUCCACUUGGUCUGGCCAGCCAGGCCCCUCCCUACCAGGGUCUGAGGGGCAGCUCCGGCCACUGCCCAUCCAGGCCCGGCAGGGCCCAAGGUCAGGGGUCAUGCAGCUGAAGUAGUGGGUAUACUGGCCUAAGCUGAGCAUAGGGCAGGGAGCGAUGGGGCUGUGCCCCAAGGUGGGUGCCUGGCAUUCAACUGCCGGCUUUCUGUCCUGGACAAACUACUCCCUACCUAAGGGAAUAGUCCAGCCCCCAGCAGGAAACAGGGACCAUGCCAGGAGGAGCUCCCAUGGUCACUGCAUCCUCAGGCCUGCCCAGGAGGCACCACAGCUCCAUUCCUGGCUGGAGCCCAGCACCUUCUGUGGGAAGCCAGCACCAGCUCUCCCAACCCCACCUGGGAGAUGCCACCAGUCCUGGCCUCCUUUUGCCAACACCUGCUGGUCAGAUGUCCUCCCCACCCCACCAUCCUCCAAGGCUACAGGACCCCUGCUGCCCAUACGGUGGGCCUCAAACUUGGGUUUCCCCUGCUGGCAUAUAGCAGAUCCCUCAGGAAACCUGCUCCACAUGCCGGGGUCUCCCCUGGAGACCCAGGAUUUAGGGUCAUGCUGCAGGCAGAGCUGUGGCCCAGCUGAAUCUGAUAAGGACCCAGCUGUCACGUUGUGAAUAUUUAAACGUCCUGUCACUACUGUUUAAAGUCCCAUUCUGCAAAGGCUGCUUGAGGCUUUAGGUGAAUUAGAGGUGACUGUCUUGGUGAUGAGGCCAGUGUGGCCGGCCCUCCCCCAGGUGAUAAGGACCAAGGUGCUGUUAAGGCCACUCUAGAGCCCAGACACCCCAGGAACUAGGCUCUGCUCAUCAGGCUGAAGAGCUAGGCAGGAGCUGACCCCAUUUCUGGAGGCCGUUCUGAGCGUGUGACUGCCCUCCGCUCCUGCCAUCAUCCCCGUCCCUCUCCCCACCAACCCUUCCUCACUCCCUGUCCCCAGUCCUGCUCCAGCCUGUCAUUUGUAGGCUGGGGGCUCAGCCGGACUAGACAGGUGAGGCAAGGAUGGUUCCAGGGCCCAGGGCAACCUUCUGAAAUGCCUGGAAGCAGCGUUUAUACCAUGAGUUUGGUCCUUCCUGACCCAGCUCACUGCACCCAGCCUUCACAUAGCUCUUAGGAAUAGGGCACCCCCAGAUGGUAGCAGCCCCAUGCCUAAGAGUCUCGUUUUGACCCUUCUUGGGCCCACCCUUCACUGUCUCUGGCAGGAAUUUCCAAUGCUCAUCUUGCCUUGUUCCAACCCAGUGGAGGCAGCCCUAGGCAAGACCAAUGGGUUCAGCGAUGCCUGCUGGCUCUCUGCCAAAGCCAGAGGUGGUGUCAGGCAGCCCUCAGGGUGCUAGCAGGGCCUCAGAUGUUGCCCUUGCCCUCUGAGCUCACAUGGGCCUUGCCCCGCCUCAUGGCCUCUAGGCUUUGGGUCUGCUUACCCUGUAGCACACACAGGGAUUCCUGUUGUCCUGGAAGCUGUCUCCAGCAAAGUCUUUCUUGUCCCAGAGGAGCCUAUGUGGGUCCACUGUGUCCCUUGUCAUCAUUCUUCUGUUUGUUCUCAUUUUGGCCAAGGGCAGGCUCCCUGGGGCAGUGGGGAACGACUGCAGAGAUAUUAGCAAUUCAUAGGUUUGUACAGUGUUUUAUAUUUUGCAAAGCACUUUAUUAGCUCACAUCUGUCCACUCCCAUGAAACCUGUGUAGGCCGUGGGAGGCUGAGGGUGACUCUCAUUGUGCCCUUCCCUUAGAUGAAGCGCAAAGAGAUUCUGUUACUUGCCCAGGCCAUCCAGUGGGCUGCCUGGGCCUUGUGUCCCCACAUGUGGACUCCUCUAGGGUCCAAGAUGAGAUCAGAGGUGACUCUUCUAUCCAUCUCCUCCUACUCCUGGCUCCCCUUCUCCCCCCAUGCUCCCGCUCCACUCCUCAGGUUGGUGCUCUCACUUCUUGAAAGCUCUAGGCCUCCCAGGCUCCUCCAUGUUGGCCAGCUGAGAAAGAGCAGGAGAUGGAGGCAGGCAGCCCAGGCUGCAGAUGUGAGGGAUGCAAGGCCAGGCCCAGAGAGGGCUCGGCCUGGAGGAUUCUAAUCUCAGCUCUCCUGCCUUGUGGUCAUCUGUUUGUCCAUCACCCCAGGACAGAGCAGACAGGCAGAGGGGCAAAGCACUGGGGGCCCCAGAGCCCAGCUUCCCCUCAGCCUGGGGGACAUCACAGCAUUUCAGUGUCGGUCACAUUUUAAACUGAUCAGCCUUUGUACAAUGUUUUUUAAAUCAUUUCUAAAUAAAACAAAAAU